CUGUAAACCAGUAUGGCAUAUGUCAAUGCUUGCGAGUGCCGUUUAUUGCUGGCACCGAUUCACCCUUACUGAGUGCCUCUACUACACCCACGAGCAGCAUUGAUUACAUCGCAAGCAUGAGUAUCUACUCGCAAGAUCAUGCGCAGUCGGCAGCGGGACUGCAGUCGUCUCAGGACAUAGCUGAUAUCGAGGCAAAUCCACGGACCCCCAAUCCGCCCAUAUCUCCAACGUCUAAGGUGCCGCCUUCGCCUCCCCCUGAAACUUUCACCACGGCCGCCAGGCUCAACUCCCGUGAAACUGUCCGAAACCGACUGCGACGCUCCACCACCGCUCGUUCAUACUAUCGCGAAGAUGGCGCGCUCGAUCCGAACUGGCAGCCAGGGACGGAACCAGGCAUCGAUCCAAGCCAGCCGCUUCCUGCUUAUAGCACGGAAUGGAUGGCCUCAACGCCCGCAGAGCUACACGGGACAAGUGAAAUCACUGUUGUGGACUUUUCGCAACAUGAAAUGAGGCAAUACGUUCUGGACAAUGAUACCCUUGAGCCAUUUCUUGCGCGGGAGAGAGAGCCUUGGGUACAAUGCAGAUGGAUCAACGUCAACGGACUCAGUUGGGAUGCUAUAAGAAUCUUGGGUAACGAAAAAGGCCUGCACAGACUCGCGGUUGAGGACCUGAUCAAUGCAACAAAUCGCACCAAAGUUGACUGGUACUCCGAUCAUGCAUACAUUGUGCUAAAACUCCAGAAAUUGAUAAAACUCAAAGAAGAUGACAGUGAUUCUGAGGAUGAGGAAGAUGAAAAUACACACUGGACGAAUGAGCGCAAAAGUUCGGCAAGCAGCAUUUCCCUGAGAAGGCCUACUAAAAGAACACUUGUGUUGGAAGCAUUGAAAGACCUUUUCCGGCCGAAAACCCGCGAGGACAGCCCUGAUGAACAGUACCCUGGAAAGGAUGCCCCCUCAGGUAGGAGGAAGUCUACUUCCAAGGCAUCUAAUAUUGAUGAUAGUGCCAACGUUAGGUUCACGCCUCGUAGCAUCCAACGUUACCGAGGUGGCCCGAACGAGGAUCGGAUAGCCUUUAUGGAGCGGCAUGCUAUACUGGCGGCAAAGGGACUGUGUGUUACUCUGGAACAGGUCUCGAUUUUCUUACAUGCAGAUAAUACAGUGACUUCGUUCUUUGAAACGAGUGCCGAUGAUAUUGAAGGUCCAAUAGUCCGACGCCUCAGUACACCUGAGACAAUGUUGCGCCAGUCGUGUGAUGCCAGUAUGGUUGUGCAAGCUAUUCUAGAUGCUAUUAUAGAUCUGGCCAUACCGGUGACCACAGCUUAUCAAGAUGUUAUUGGUGACCUUGAGCUCGAGGUACUGACAGAUCCAGACGUGGAUCAGUCCAAAAGCUUGUAUGUUCUCACUUCAGAAAUUGCAAUCCUCCGAAACUGCAUGCAACCAAUCGCGACUAUCAUCAAUGCCCUUCGUGACCACCGGUCCGACCCUGUGCAUACUCCUGGCCUGGGAGUGUUGAGGAAUGUCGGGACUGCGACUCCUACAAAUGAUUGGAGUCCAUACAUUGGAACGGCCACGCCAAACCUAAAAAGCCUGAGCGGAUCGAGCGUUUCCAUCAGUCCAAUGUGUCAUACAUACUUGGGAGAUGCGCUAGACCAUUGUAUAACCAUAGUGGAAGGAUAUGAUCAAAUGAGAAGGGCUGCUGACAAUAUGAUCGACCUGAUCUUCAAUACGAUUGGCGCUUAUCAGAACGAGAGUAUGAAGCAACUCACCAUUGUGACAUGCUUCUACCUUCCACUUACCUUCCUAACGGGCUACUUUGGCAUGAACUUUACCUCCUUCGCUGGCAUAGAACAUAGCGAUGCAUACUUUUGGAUGAUUGCCGUUCCUUUUGUGUUCGUCACAACCAUCUUCUUGAUGCGCGACAAGCUGCAGCGUUACUUGGUGUUGCUUGCCCAGAAACGGCUGAUCACCAGUUCUAGGAGGAGCAGACGGAGAAGGAGGGCCACCGAGAGGACAUAG